AGCGAAAAUGGAAUCGGCGGCGAAGGGAGAGGCGGAGGAGGUGAUGGAAGGGGUGGCGUCGAUCGCGUUGCUACCAAGCGGCGCCAUCUCCGGCCACUUCGUUCGUCUCCCCCACUCCAUUUGCUACGGCCUCCAUGGAACAGGAUGCAGUGCUGUUUGAUGAAGCACGAUGUUAGUGGUGAUGUUUAGGGAAGCACUGUCUUAGAUCCAGAAGCACCAAAUUAGAGCUUCUGCUUUCGACGCCGAACUUGUUGCAACACAAGUUUUAGCUUUUUCUCAUUGUUAAACUCUCUGCAGAAAUUGUUGCACCUUAAAGGCUAAAAAAGCGUUUAAGAAAUUUGUUGGACCUUCUGAUUUAGACCAGAAAGCUCCCAAAAUGCGGUGCUGCUUACGUAACGAGAAAUAUGAUCAGAAUGACUCAUUUUCAGCAUCUGUUAUUACGCAUUUCUGUUUCUCUCUACUCGUGCAUGCUCGACUAUUGCAUGUGAUUCAUUUUUACACCGAUAUUAUUAGCAUCUGGGCUUGUAUCGGGAACUCGGUGUGUCGCAUCAAAAAUACGAAUAUAAUGAGCACAUCUUCUCCUCCUGUUCUUUUAGAAUUAUCUUGCGAGAGGGAAUGCAGCAGAGGAGAGGAUUACCGCUUGAUAAAGCUCUCGAUCAUUGAUUAUACUACGAAGAGAGAGAAAGUCGUUGCGGUAGAGUGCAGGGGACAUGAUGCUGCUCGUUUCCAGAGCAUUGACCAUGCCCAUGGGUGGGAGGAGGAUGUCAUUGGUAUGAUCAAAGAGAAGCAUGGGAAUGAACAGAUUUCGGUCUCUUUCGAGUGCGAGACGCUGAAGGCAGAUAAUGCUGCCGAGGAACACAUUAGGAAAUACAUGCCCAAUCUAUCCGGGCAUGAUGCUGUAGGUAAGUGAAUGUCGGUAAGAUGAGUAUUUCUGGUAUCAACUUCAAAGAGGAGGAUGCAUCCCAAGCUAAAGAACUGAAGGAUCAAGCCUGCUAUACAGUUUAGUUUGGAGAAUCAAGUUAUUUUUUUUUCCCUUUUUUUUUUUUUCUGGUGGGAGGUUUUGUUGAGAGAGAGAGACAGAUAGAACAACUACUUAAACAUGAAUUAAAUAUUCCAACAUGUCUUGUGGUGUAUGCUUGUGCAUCUGUUUGAGUUGCUUUUCUAUGUAAGCAGUCGUGGAAUUCAACUUGAGCUCAUUCUUAAAAUAUUUGUAGGUAGAUCUCCCACGUUCUCAUGAAUGUAUGCCUUUUUUUUUUUAAUCUUAUUGGAAAUUAUUCUCAAUUUGUCACCUACUUUUCAAAUUCUUUCAUACAAUGCAUGUUUUCUCGAAUUGUCUAUCCCAAUUUCUGGAAUAUUGAGUUGGCGGUUGGGUUUGAAAAGUUUUAGUUGAAUUAUUUCUCCUUAAACAGAAUAUUAUCAAAAGGUACUUUUGUAGUUAUCUGCAUUGAAUAGAAUAAAGUUGCAGAGAAUCAAAAGUUUGGCUUACUGUGAGAGCAUAUUGAUAUCGAUUGACAAGUUGCAUUCUAACUUUGCUAUGGCUACUGGCUUUCCAUCCGUAUUUAUUAUUUUAGGUUUGCCUGACCGAACUGGAGCUGCUAUAUAAUUGCUAUAUACAAAUUAGCAGCCUCUGAUCCCGUUCUUGAUCCAAAGUGGAGACGAGGUACGUUCAUUAUACCCUUUAUGGUUCACCUAAGAAUAACCAAUCCGCAGGGUGGUUGGAGUAUUUUGGGAGAACUAUAACAAUGGAGUUAUGAUGGUGUAGUAGGGGCACAUACAGUGUUUUCCGGCGUGUGCUUCUUUGCUGCUAUCUGGCAUUGGAUAUAUUGGGAGCUAAAAAUGCUCACUGAAGCAUGAAUAACUUCCGUAGUAGUAGUUUUCUUCCUCAGUAAAGCAAAAGUUUCAAGUUAUAGCUGGAGGCAACUUCUCAGUAUAACAAAAGCAUUGAGCUUUUCGCUUGCCAAGCACGUGCCGCUAAUAGAAGAGAAGUCAGGCCAAACAACAACCGUUCUUACAAAAAGAGGAUAGUGUCAUUUAGAAUCUGUUCUCUUUUGGCGAAGAAUAUAUUCUGGAAUGGAGAAUAUGUACAUGAUGUUUCUGAAGUUGAAAUAAAGGCAUUUCUGAAGUAGAAUCUUCUGAGAAAAUUGAAAGACAUACAUGUUCUUUCAGCCUGGUUAAGGCCAAAAGCUAAAAAGGAAGAGAAUAUAUGCAAUGUGAUCAGCCAAAUUGAAGAGAAUCCAACUUCCACCUAUCCAGCUUAUUAUAUAUUACAGUAGCCUUCCUUUAUUGCUCUCAUUAUUCAAUUCACUUUUCAAAUUAGAAAUUGCUCCAGAGCACUAUAAUUGAAGGAAUAGGCAAGUUAAUUUAUAUUUUUGACAAUUGAUAUCUAGACAGAUGAGUCAGGAAGAUGGAUUGAGUAACGGCGAGUUCGAGAUAAGUGUUGCUGCAGCUGCAUUUGCUAUUGUAUCACUUGAAGAAAGAGAUGGUGCCAAAACGAAGGGUGAGAAAGAAGAGAAAAGGAUUAGAACAACAAAUUUGGGAACAAAUUCGGGAUCGUUCUUUUGGUGGUUCUCUAAGGAUGAGGCAAAAGACGCCGAUAAAUUGGCAGGUGACAAAUCUACAACAAAAUCACAGACCACAACACAGCAUGACUCAACCGUCGAUCUCAAGAAGCCAACCGUCGAUCUCAAGAAGCCAGAAAUGAUUAUGAAUAACACCCCAAGUAUCCGAAGAACUGCAACCUUGUCUGAUAAAAGCACAGGUAUCAUAAAGAGUAGCCAGAGAGAUGGAAGCAGAAACGAAACUACACAAGGAGCGAAAUCUCAUUCGGUGAAAAAAAAGACUAGGUUUGCGAGUUUUAAGAAGACAGCUAGCAAGUCAUUUGGGUCCCCCAAAGAUAAGUAGAAGCACUGAUGGAUCAGGUUACAGAUGCUUGAUUGGUUGGCAGAUACUCAUCACCGCAUCGAAAAUUAUGGAAUAAUGUGUGAAAAUACAUAUGAUUGUUGAAUGACAAGCGAAACUAAGGUGUCUGUAUAAUAAUAUAUGAGUGGAGAAUCAAAUAAACUUAUCGCAGAUGUGCAAGUUGUUUUUGUUGUAGAUUGAUAAAAUUGCCUUAUUAUUCA